GGGCAUCACUGAGAGGCCAAUGCUUCUUUGCCUUUGCCUUUGCUCAUUGGCAUAUGAUUCUCUUUUUUGGCUUAACAGCAAUGGCAGAAAUAACCCAUCUUCCCAUGGACCAGCUUCAAGACCUUGAGUACUGCAUAGACUCUAACCCUUCUUGGGUUGAAACCACCCUACUAGCAUUUCAAAACUACAUCCUGAUGUUGGGUACAAGUGUAAUGAUCCCUUCGUUACUCGUUCCGGCAAUGGGUGGAAGCGAUAGGGACAAAGCAUUGGUGAUACAGACUUUGCUCUUUGUAGCUGCCAUUAACACACUUCUCCAAGCGCUUUUUGGAACAAGGCUGCCAGCUAUUGUUGGAGGCUCUUAUACUUAUGUUAUCCCAAUAGCCUAUAUAAUAAAUGACUCAUCAUUGCAACGGAUUACCAACCAACAUGAAAGAUUUAUACAAACUAUGCGAGCGACUCAAGGAGCUCUUAUCGUAGCCUCAAGCAUACAAAUUAUCCUCGGAUACAGCCAAGUUUGGGGUCUCUUUUCACGAUUUUUCAGCCCUCUUGGUAUGGCACCAGUGGUCGCAUUGGUAGGGUUGGGAUUGUUUCAGAGAGGAUUUCCUUUGCUAGGAAAUUGUGUUGAAAUUGGGCUGCCAAUGCUGUUGUUGGUGAUCGGAGUGUCUCAAUAUCUAAAGCACGUGAGGCCAUUAAGAGAGAUCCCUAUAUUCGAAAGGUUUCCUGUAUUAAUCUGUGUUGCAAUAGUUUGGAUCUAUUCCAUUAUACUGACUGCCAGCGGGGCUUAUCAUGACAAGCCAAUUGCAACUCAACUUAGUUGCCGUACUGACCGAGCAAAUCUCAUAUCGACUGCUCCAUGGUUCAAGUUCCCUUAUCCUCUUCAAUGGGGACCCCCUACAUUUUCAGCUGGACAUUCCUUUGCUAUGAUGUCUGCGGUUCUCGUGUCUAUGGUCGAGUCCACCGGAGCUUACAAGGCGGCAUCUCGAUUGGCUAUUGCAACUCCGCCUCCAGCUUACGUAUUAAGCCGUGGGAUUGGCUGGCAGGGGAUUGGCAUCAUGCUUGAUGGUCUAUUCGGAACGGUCACUGGUUCUACAGUUUCUGUGGAAAAUGUUGGACUCCUCGGACUAAGCCGUGUUGGAAGUCGCAGAGUGGUUCAGAUAUCUGCUGCCUUCAUGAUGUUUUUCUCUAUAUUGGGAAAAUUUGGUGCAGUGUUUGCAUCCAUACCAUUCCCAAUCUUUGCAGCACUUUAUUGUGUACUUUUCGGCCUUGUCGGUUCAGUAGGAUUGUCCUUUCUGCAAUUCACAAACAUGAACUGCAUGAGAAACCUAAUAAUAACAGGGCUGUCACUCUUCCUGGGGAUUUCCAUCCCACAAUUCUUCAAUGAAUAUUGGAAUCCGUCCCAUCAGGGCCUCGUUCACACGAAUGCUGGAUGGUUCAAUGCAUUCAUGAAUACGGUAUUCUUGUCGCCGGCGACCGUGGGACUGAUGGUGGCGGUGUUCCUGGACAAUACGAUAGAGGUGGAGAAAUCGAAGAAAGAUAGAGGGAUGGCAUGGUGGGUGAAGUUCAGAACAUUCAGAGGAGAUAAUCGGAAUGAGGAAUUCUACACUUUGCCUUUCAAUCUCAACAGGUUUUUUCCACCUACAUAAAUGAUAAAUCUUUGUGGGACUCGGGGCAUGCCAAUUGCACAUAUCUUCGGCUAAUCUAAUCCAAGUUUUGGAUUUUUUUUUUCUUCUCUUAAUCAGUUUUUGCAUGAGGUUUAUUAAUAUUCAAAACAACGAUGAAUAUGAUGAUUAAUGGGUCGUAGACGAUAAUUCUUGUAUUUUUUUCCUUAUCGUAAUUAUAUUUGAAAAUUGAU